AUGAGCGCAUAUGCCUGCUCGCUUUCUGCGCUUUUCUCAUUCUUCGAGACUGUCUCCGGUGCUCCACUUGAGGUGAGAGAUCCCGCCGACAACCCUUUCAAACAUCCCGAUGAUACCUCAUCGUCAUCCUCUUCAUCAUCCGAUGAGUCGGACCCAUUUUCAGAUUGUAACGAGAUCAAAGUUGACACGGAUGACAUAUCACCCACCAACGAUGGUCCUACAGGAGACAGAGAAGCUGGUCUUGGAGUGGAAUUUGAAUCCGGCAUCAAUUUCAAAAGUGUUGAAGACUGUGGUGAAGAGAACACUUUCGCAUCUAAGGGGAAGACAGUCAAGGGCCACGAAUCAACAUAUUGGGAUCUGACAGUAGACACGACAUCCGAGAUGGUGAACUACCUUCAAGCGGAGUAUAUUCUUAACGGCAUCAAUAUCAAAAUUGGUAAAAACCAAGCUGUACCAGCAGCAAAGGCAAUCGCGAGUGACCUCGAACAAUGGGACCCUUACUUGAAGUCGGAUAAUCCUAGGACAAUUGAGAUCGUGGAUCCAGCCAAUGCAAAGUGCAAAACAUGGCAAAUUAGAAACCCAUCGAAGAGCGGUGACUGGAAAGCCAUCAAUUGGCCAGCUCAGGCUACAGCACCCCUACCAAUGGCUGCUCUUGACGCGUUAUUCAAAGAAGCGAAAACGAGCACCGUGUUGACCAAUCCUCUCUUGCCUGGAAUAAAAAGCCAGGUAAGCAGCAUGGUCUGGGUCAAUAACAACUUCUUCCAGAGCUCUCCCCAGGGAAUCACAGAAAAAGAUGUCACAGCAGAGGAGAGAGCGUUCUUCUCUCUUGUUAUCUCUUAUGUGAAGAAAAACCCUGGGGUCACGGCCGCCAAGAGCAUGAAAGAUAGAAGUCCUAUCAUGCCCAGAACGAACUUCGUGUCUUUGUAUGAGGGAGUGGAGCCUAGUCUAAAGGGCAAAGACCUCUACGAGUUAGUCCGAGUACUUGUAUGCUACAAGAAUAUUAAUGAUGAAGGCAGUAAUGGGGACCAAGUCGAAAUCGACACCCAAUGGUGCGAUGGGACUGUGGCAAAGCCGAAGCCGAAAUCAAACAUAGACUUCAUGUGGAAGCUCACAGUUAAUGGUAAAUCACCGUUUAAAAACAAUAACGAUUUCAAGGACACAGCGUCGUUCACUGUGAAAGAUUGGAUGGAUGGGCUCAAGAAUAGCGGAACCACACUGCCAGCUGUCAGAAAAGCCCUUGGGACCAUCGCAAAGGACAAGAAAGAGCCGCAGGGUGCUUUGGACUUGAUGGCCUUCUACGAUAGAUGGUUUGAUAAGCAGAUUGGAGCCUAUGACAAUGUCAGGGAACGUAUUGUUGGGAACAACGCCCUGUCAGUCCCUUUGUUCGAGUUUCGGAAUCUGGGGGCUUAUCUGGCCUCGGCAAUGGCGACUCAAGUGGACAAGAUUGAGAAGAAGGUCAUUGCAUAUCAUAAGACCUAUUCGACUUCAGGGACAUCCGCUAGUUAG